CAAAGAGAGGGGCUGUUGGCGGGGGGGGGUGGAGGGUUCGCUAUGUCGGAUGACGAUUCGAGGGCCAGCACCAGCUCCUCCUCAUCUUCAUCCUUCAAUCAAUAAACCGAGAAAGAAACAAACACCCCCAAGAAGAAGGAGAGUAAAGUCAGCCUGAGCAAAAACUCCAAACUCCUGUCUACCAGCGCCAAGAGGAUUCAGAAGGAACUGGCAGACAUUACUUCAGACCCUCCACCUAACUUCAGUGCUGGUCCCAAAGGUGGUAACAUCUAUGAAUGGAGAUCAACCAUUCUGGGGCCUCCAGGAUCCGUGUAUGAGGGUGGUGUAUUCUUCCUUGAUACCACUUUUAUACCAGAAUACCCCCUCAAGCCUCCAAAGGUUACAUUUCGGACAAGGAUCUAUCACUGUCAUAUGAACAGUCAAGGAGUUAUUUGCUUGGACAUAUUAAAAGAUAACUGGAGUCCAGCACUAACCAUUUCUAAAGUUCUCCUUCCCAUCUGCUCCCUUCUUACAGACUGUAAUCCUGCUGACACUUUGGUGGCACUUUGGGCCACUCAGUAUAUGACCAACAGAGCAGAACAUGACAGAAUGGCCAGACGGUGGACUAAGAGACACGCUACAUAAAUUGGGUUUUCACAAUUCUUACAUUAUUUGUCUGUCACAGAGAGAGCUACUUAUGAUUUUGAAGGGGUGGGGGAGAGUGGGAGUUGGUAAAGAGUAGGGUAUUUCUGUAACAGAUACUAUUCAGUCUUACUUCCUAAGAUUUUGUUGUUAACUUAAGGUAUCUUGCUACAUUAGACAGAACUGGUAAUAACAACUUUUAAAACUGUCAUUAGAUUUGCAAUAUUAGCUGAAGCAUAGUACAGAGAGUAGACAUUUGGGUUCACUUGCUUAUAGUCUGUAAAUUUAAAAUAGCUUAAUUUCGUACAGG